AAAAACCGUUUUAAGUGUUUGGAUUCCUUCACUUGCACAUCGUUGCUGUUCAGCAGUCACUACUCAGUACUCUACCCAAUUUUCCGGGAUUCAAACUAGUAGGUGACCCAAAACUGAACGAACGUCACUCACAGCAAAGCUUGAUCCAAGUGGGAGAAGAAAAAGAAAGAAAGAAAAAGUAAAAAUGCGCAGUGAUGGGAUCUUAGGAAACAGAGAUGGCCAAAGCCUAGGAGCGAAAGCUACCACAAGCAACCGAAGGAAGUGGUUGAAGACAAGAGAGAGAUGGCUUGUUGUACUUGGCGUGAUCCUUCACGCUGUUUACAUGCUCAGCAUUUUUGACAUUUAUUUCAAGACACCUAUUGUCCAUGGCAUGGAUCCUGUUACUCCUCGCUUCACUGCCCCUGCUAAACGCCUCGUUCUUCUAGUUGCUGAUGGUUUGCGUGCUGAUAAGUUCUAUGAGCCUGAUUCCGAAGGGAAUUACAGAGCACCGUUUUUAAGGAACAUAAUUAAAACGCAAGGUCGCUGGGGGGUAUCUCAUGCUCGGCCUCCUACGGAGUCGAGGCCUGGACAUGUUGCCAUAAUUGCUGGUUUCUAUGAAGACCCCAGUGCAGUUACCAAAGGGUGGAAGGCUAAUCCUGUUGAGUUUGAUUCAGUGUUUAACAGAAGCCGGCAUACAAUUUCUUUUGGAAGUCCUGAUAUAGUUCCGAUUUUCUGUGGUGCUUUGCCACAUAGCACCUGGGAUACCUAUCCGCAUGAGUUUGAAGACUUUGCAACUGAUGCAUCAUUCCUGGACAUGUGGUCUCUUGAUAAAUUUCAAAGCCUUCUUAAUAGGUCCAGUGAAGAUUCAAAGUUAAAGGGGUUACUGCACCAAGAUAAUCUUGUUGUAUUCCUGCACCUGCUUGGAUGUGACUCUAAUGGCCAUGCACAUAGGCCCUUUUCAUCCAUCUAUCUCAACAAUGUUAAGGUUGUUGACCAUGUAGCUGAAAGUGUUUAUAAUCUUCUUGAAGAUUAUUUCAAGGACAAUCGUACAGCAUAUAUUUUUACAGCGGAUCAUGGGAUGAGUGACAAAGGAAGCCAUGGAGAUGGACAUCCUUCAAACACUGAUACUCCCCUUGUUGCUUGGGGAGCUGGUGUUAAAUAUCCAAGGCCAAUAUCUGGCAGCAACCAUACUGAUUGUGGUUUUCGGUUUGUUGAUGACCAUGUGCAUGACACGCCAACACCAACUGAAUGGGGCUUGCAUGGGAUAGAGAGGGUGGAUGUCAAUCAGGCUGAUAUUGCACCACUCAUGUCUACACUUCUUGGUCUGCCAUGUCCUGUUAAUUCAGUUGGAAGUCUACCCCUAGAUUACAUUAACAUGACCAAGGCUGAAGAAGUUGAAGCUGUUCUAGCCAAUACAAAAGAAAUUCUGAACCAGUUUCUUCGCAAAUCAUAUAUUAAGCAGUCGUAUUCUUUAUACUUUAAACCUUUCAAACCACUGUCUCAUUAUUCUUCAAUAUUGGACAAAAUUGAGGGUCUGAUAUUGGCUAGAGAUUAUGAUGCUGCAAUGGACCUAUCCCAGAACCUCAGAAAUUUGGCAUUGCAAGGACUUCACUAUUUUCAGACUUACGACUGGCUGAUGCUCAUGUCUGUAAUUACCCUUGGGUAUGUUGGUUGGAUGAUCUAUCUUGUCCUUCAUGUGCUGCAGUCUUAUACUUCACUUCCAGGAAAUCUUUUUGGAAUGGAGCAAGCAAUUCGGAGAAAUAACCAUGGAAAAAUAUAUCUAUAUGGAUGUAUGGUGACGGGAAUGCUUUGUUUGCUAUUAUUGCUGGAGCAGUCUCCUCCUCUUUACCACGCAUACACGAUUAUGACUUCAUUUUUAUGGGUUCAAAUAAUUAGUGAAUACCAGUUUAUAAAAGCAUUAUGGAAGCUCUUAUCUGGAAGAAGAAUGAUAUAUAUUUCCAAGCUUCUAGCCACUACUGCUGUCUCAGUUUUCAUUCUUGAGUUCCUGGUUAACAGCUUCACUGAGAGGAAGCUCUAUACUGGGUGUUUUUUAAUUACUGGGGCGACAGCUUCAUUUUAUCUUUUUAAGUCAAUUCCCUGGAGAUCUGGUAUACCGAUAUAUGUUUGCAUUGCAUGUUGGUCUUUGUCUCUUUUUACAUUGAUGCCGGCAGAAAUUCCUGACAAUAAUCAAUUAGUAGUUAGUAGUGGAGCUAUUAUUAUCAUUAUAGGCAUAGCUGCCAGGUGGCUAGAUUUACAUGCUGGGAAGAGUAAGUAUUGGCUAACUAUAUGCAAUUGUGAGCUGAAAAGUCCCAAAUUUUCAUCUCUAUUUUACUUACAGGCUCUUUUGGUUGCUUUAUCUUCGAUCAUGGUGUAUUUAUCAACUUCUCACAGAACUGAAAAGCAAGAGUUGCUUGCAGUGCACCAGUUGAUAAAUUGGUCCAUUGCUGGUUUUUCCAUGGUACUCCCACUGUUUUCAGAAAAUAGCCUCUUAUCCCGACUUACUUCCAUAUUUCUUGGCUUUGCACCUCCAUUCCUUCUUCUCUCCAUUGGGUAUGAAGCGAUGUUCUAUGCUGCUCUUGCUCUUGUACUUAUGGCAUGGAUACUAUUUGAAAAUACACUUCUCAAGUUAAAUAUUGUGAAUACGUCAUCAGAUUCCAUUAAAAAUGUUACGAAUCAUCUCAUCCUUGGAUAUGAUAAUAGAUCUUUGCAGCUAUCUGAUGUGAGAAUCCCAUUGGUCUUUAUGGUUUUAUUCAACAUUGCCUUCUUUGGAACGGGAAAUUUCGCAAGUAUUGCUAGUUUUGAGAUUUCAUCUGUCUACCGGUUCAUUACUAUCUUCAGUCCAUUUCUGAUGGCAGCGCUACUUAUCUUCAAGUUAUUUAUACCCUUCAUGCUUGUAAUAUGUGUAUUCAGUGCAAUAACCAAACUGAACCAAGUUCCAAGGUUGGGAUGCUAUUUUCUUGUUAUAUUAUUGUCAGACGUAAUGACCAUUCACUUCUUCUUCCUGGUUCGGAAUACGGGAAGUUGGAUGGAAAUUGGAAACAGUAUCAGUCAUUUUGGUAUCAUGAGUGCCCAAGUUGUUUUUGUUCUGUUACUAUUUGCCCUCACAAAUACAUACACAAAAGACAUGCACUGUAAUUCAGCAGUACCCUCUGCACGUAAGGCAAAUUAGGUUUCAUCAAACUGGGAUUUAUCGUUCUAAACGAGCUACUUUGUCAUCAUUGAAAUGACACUACACAUUCUCGGUGGUGGCUUUGAUGGUUUUAUGACCAACCUGGUAUUAUGUUUCUACCCUGGCCAACUCUUAUUUGUGUAUGAGCUCCAGACUCGAAGGACUUCCCUGUGCUCGCUGACCUUCAUAGAACUGGUGCUGAAAUUUUGGCACAUUAACAGUAUUUCAAUAUUUGUAAUCAUCUACAACUAUAUUAUUCAAGAUUGAGAUUGAGGGAUAGUGCUGAGGAACUCAGGUCAAGCCAAUCAAUCAUUGUGCCUCACCAACCCAUGAACAAAGAACUUUCAUAUAACAUUUUUUUUCUUUAUAUGCUUCCCCUUUGUAUUUGAGUUGUACAGAGCUGAGCUUUGAGUUCAGUCCAGG